CGAUGAAGUAUCGUUAAAGAUAAUAGAGCCCUUAAUAUGCGCUAUAAAUAUCGAUAUAUAUUCGUACAAUAUAUUUCAAUUAUUCUGCAAAUAAAUAUCUCGUAAUACUUGUAACUAUCAUCCGUAGAGAUGAACAAUUUUGCUAAACUGCCGUAAAGCGAAUGUAUGUGUUGUCGAUGCAUUUGUACGAUUUCAUAUAAAUACUUGAGGUCUAAUGCCCAAUUUUACAGAAAAAUACAUUUCGAAGUCAAUAUCGGCGAUUAAGGUUUCUUCGAUUAAUGUAAUAUCUUUUAAGACACUAUGAAUAUGGAGCCAGUUACCAAAGUUCCUUUGCCAUUAGAACCUAUAAAAUCAAAUCAUGUGGAAGAUAGGAGAUUGUGGGUGGGCAAUUUAGAUUUAAGGAUUAAUGAGUACCAACUCCUAAAACUUGUCCAAAGACAUGGAACGAUCGAAAAGUUCGACCUCUUGUUUCAUCGAUCAGGUCCACAAGCUGGUCAACCUAGAGGUUAUGCAUUUGUUACGUACAAAACUAUUCAAGAUGCUAAAACAGCCAAAGAUGCUUUACAUAAUUUAAAAGUAGGAUCAAAAAACAUCAUUGUGAGAUGGGCACACAGUGUGACAGAGCAAAAUCUUCUUUUUAAGUCUGAUAUGGAUAAGCCAAAACCAAAAAUAGAUAUACCUGCUUUAGCUGGAGCUAAGAAAGAAGAUAAAAGAAUUAGUCGUGAAACAGCAAUUCAAGCUAUAGAAGCAAAAUUGAAACUGAUGAAAGAAUCGGAAGAAGAAUUUGAAUUGAAUAAGCCUUUAAAUGGAUCACCUGUAAUACAAUUGUAUCAAAAGCCAGAAAAUCCAAAACCGUCCACGUCAACCCGUUAUCAUAAUCGAAGCAAUCAUUAUCACAAUAUUAAGCCAUAUAAUCGUCAUAAACCAAGAAGAUAAUUUAAAUUAUUUUUUUUCAUUUAUAGUGUUAUAAUUAAAGAUAAUCAAUUCAUUUUUAUUAAUCAACAUUUGUUCCAUGACUGCGUAUAGUUGGCAUAUUUAUAUUAUUUAUAAUUUCUCUUUAAGUAAUGUCUCUGUAUUAAGUCAAUUUUUUUUAUUAUAAAGUCUUAUAUUUUUUAGUUAGUCUUUUUUAAUCUCUUUUUUACUAUCAACAUGAUUCCUACAGUGACGCGAUUGCACAUUAGAUACAGAAGUAUCUUAAUUCACUAACAAUGUAAUGCUUAAUAUGUACAUCAAUGUACACGUAUUUUCAUAAUCUAUAAUAUCUUUUUAUAUAAUAAACAAAUAUAUACUUUAAA